AUGUUCCCCGAUGGAACGAUCCAAGGCGAAGCAGCGGAAUACUAUCAAGCCUGCGCCCACGAACUAUUCAGCAAAACACCUUUCUUCGAGUGCUAUAACCACAUCUGCUCUAUCACACCACCCGGAGCCAUUAUAUCGCCUGCAGAUUCAUGUCCGGGAGAAACGCGCGAUAGAGGGCUCAUCUUUGCCGAAGCUCACGGUGACAAUGCAGCGGAAGCUGGGAAGGAUCGUGGAAUUGCGACUUCGGAGGGAGGAACGAAAGGUUUACUUAUUGAUGUUGACUCACCGAAGCCAGACGAACAUACGAAGGAGGUGGCGGUCUCUUCGCCGGCGUCAAGCUCCAGCUCGGAUUCUUGGGACUCGCCUUUGAGGGAGGAUAAGGAUGAUGAGAAACAUUUCCCUGUACCGACGCAGGAUUCGUCGAGGGGUCUCGUUCCAGAGCCGCAAUCACAGCCACAGGCUCAGCCGGAGCAGGUUCAACCACCUGUGCCGGAACCCUUUCAACCUCCUCCCCAAGCUCCUGUCUAUCAGCCGCCUCUGCAGGAACCUAUAGCACCACCGGCUCCAGCACCAGCGCCUAUCUACCAACCUCCGGCUCCCGAACCUGUACCGCCACCUCCAAUGCCUCCUCAAGAGAUACCCCCAGCCCAACCUCCACAGAUCAUACACAAUUAUUAUGGAGCACCUCAAGAGCCGGCACCUAUGCAGCAGCCUGUUCCUAAUUAUGGGCCUGUUUUCCCUCCACAUAAUGAAAUGCCACCACCCCAGCAAUUCCAGCCGGAACCACAACAGUUUCAUCCUCAACCGCAAGCUCAGGUAUCUGACUGGCCAAGAGCUCCUCCUCUUGCUACAGAUCGGGGUUUGGGACAAGAGAGAUCCGAGGACACUGUGUCUGACCCGCCAGCACAUUCAAACGAACCCAUCUCUCCAGGCUUCCAACGUGCAGCGGCAGGCCCAGGUGCUAUCCAGCUAUCCGAAGUGAGUCGCAGCGGGAACCACGAGACGAGCCGUGAUACGAACCAUGAUAUCAACGCACCAGCUCCGGCAUAUACUCAAUACCCCAGGGAAGAUCACCAAGAAGUCCGUCUCCCUCCACAGUACGAUCUACACCAUGCACCAGGCACAUCAGAAAUGAACCCCGAUGGCCGGGUAGCCCCGAUGGAAGCCCGACGCCGCAGACUAGAACGUGAAGACGCAGCCGGGAGAAAAGUCGGUGGAUUCUGGCGCGGCCGCGGCUGUUUCAGCAACAAAGGUUGUUUUGGACGACCAGGGCGAGAAGGCCGUCUCCGAAGACGAUGGUAUCUAGGAAUAUGUACCUUAUUCCUAAUAAUCAUCAUCGUUGCAAUCGUUCUCGCAACAACCCUGACCAGAAAAGGAGACGAUACCCCCGUCCAGUCCAACUGGCUCAACCUAACCGGCUACCCACCCAUGCCAACUGGAAUCGCCACGAUCGCAGGCACAGAGACCCAAGAUUCGACAUCGACAUGUAUCCAGCCCUCGUCACUAUGGAGCUGCGCUCUGCCAAAGGACCAACAAUCCGAUAACAAGCCCUACAAAGGCGACGAGCCUACCUUUCGCAUCCAAAUCCUCUUCCGAAACGGCUCAUACGAGAACAGCACCGCCGUCAGCACAUCUUCACGAAAAUUCCGCCGUGGAGAAAUCGACUGGACUCCAUCGCCAGAAACACCCGCUCUGGCCGAACAGUCCUUUCUGGGAAAUACCACAGACGGAAACUCAGCACCCUACGUCGGCGAAGAAACACCCUUCUACAUGACCAUCCUCUCCCCAGCACACCUAUCCACAGCAGAUAUCUACCGAAGAGCCAAUUCCUCCUCAACCUCAACCUCAAAUUCAACCUCCACCGGAAUAAAAGCCUCAAACCUUACAAACAUCUUCCCACCACCACAAGAAUCAAACAACGGAACCCCAUCCCCAGCAACCCUCUACCCCCUCGUCUCCUCCCAACCAAUUCGCCUCUACAACCGCAACAAAGACAACGAACACUACGGCUUUUACACAUACUACGACAAAUCAAUCUUCCUCUCCUCAAGAUCCCCACUAGACAACAGUCCCAUAGACAAAAACACCGACGACACCGAUGGCGGAAGUACACAAUCCGACUCCGUGACCCGGUGUACCUGGUCCCAAACGCGCUUUCUUGUGCAAAUUUGGACGAGACCAGAUCGGAUGAACAGGAAUUUACUUCCCGCUAAUGGGGGUGGUGGUGGUGCGGGGAGCACAGGCACAAGCACGACCGCAUCUAGUUCAACGGCAACGGCAACAUCGUCGACGGCAACAUCAUCCUCCUCAGCAACGGAUUAUACUCGACCCGGUUCAUUCCCGUACCCAGUCACAAUCACACUGGAUAGACACGGCGGCGAUGAAGUGAAGAAAUUAGUUUAUUGUUAUGGGCUUCUAGAUGGCGGGGAGAAAUAUAAUGUUACGGAAAAAUUGCUGCAGGUUGAGGAUCGGGGUGUUGGGGGGGGACUUUGGUUAAUCCUGUCACCGGGGGUGAUAAAAAUGAUCAACUUCCGGGGAUUGAUGGGGGAGUGGAGGGUGUGGGUGUGA